UUCGUUUGUUAUCGUUAUCGGCACGGUCGUCUAUUGAAAGAAAUUGCUAAUUUUUAUUAACAAAAUAAAAUACGAUGCAUGGCCGUGUGAAAGUGCGCACCACGGAGGAGGAGCGGGAGCGCAAGAAGAAGGAACACGCGCUGAAGGUGCGGGCCUACCGGGCGGCCAUGGGACGGAUACUCAAGAAACGCGAUGCAGGAGAACUGGAUGACGAAAUGCUCGGCCUGACGGUGCAAAUCCUGCAACGCAAUCCGGACGUGAGCACGCUGUGGAACAUUCGUCGGGAGUGUGUGCUGGCGAAGACCAAGCAGCUGUCAGAUGCAGGGGCAGAGUCCAACAAGUCCGACGAGGUGCAGGUGGAAGCGGAAGCAGAAGCAGUGGCAGAGGUGGUGGAGAAGCCUGUGGAACGGGAAGAUAAGCUGCAAGCAGUGUACGACCAGGAACUGACCCUCACCGAACAGUGUCUGAUGGUCAAUCCGAAGUCAUACAAUGCCUGGCACCAUCGCUGCUGGACCCUGGAGCAGAAUCCGCAGGCAGACUGGCAGCGAGAGGUGCAGCUCUGCAACAAGUAUCUGAAGUACGAUGAGCGAAACUUCCACACCUGGGACUACCGGCGCUAUGUGAGCGCCAAGGCGGCCGUGCCUGCCGAGCAGGAGCUGGACUUUUGCACCGAGAAGAUCAAGGUUAACUUUUCCAACUAUUCCAGCUGGCAUCACCGCAGCCUCCUGCUGCCGAAGCUCUACCCCAAUGAGCAGCGCGACCGGCCCAUGAGCGAGGAGAAGCUGCAGCAGGAGCUGGAGAUGGUGCUCACCGCCGCCUUCACCGAUCCCAACGACAGCAGCGCCUGGUUCUAUCAGCGCUGGCUGCUGGGCGGCGGUGUCCAAGUGGAUCAGGCCCCCAAGGUGGUUGCCUUCCGCGUGGGAGCGACUGGUGCAGUCGUAGCAUUUAACAAACCCUGCCCAGACUUUGAACAGUUCAGGGUUGAGCUUGCCAGCAACGAGCACACAUGGCAGUUGCAGUCCUGGCAGCCUGCGGACAGCAGCAGAACCACCUGGAAAACCCAGACAUCGAUCGACUACCACAAGGAAAGGUCCUACUCGCUGAAGCUGUCAGAGCAGGAGAUCAAACUCUUGCCUCUGGCCACUGGCGAUGGUGCCUUCUACUUUGUGCCCCCCAAUGCUGCCUCCAGCUGCAGCAAGGAGCUGUUCGAGGAACUCCAGACGCAGCUGCAGUCCUGCUUCGAUCUCCUGGAGUACGAGCCCGAUAGCAAGUGGACCCUCCUGACCAGUGCCCUCCUAAUGCGAGCCAUCGAUGUUACUGCCAAUCACGAAAGAAGCCUGGACCACUUGGUGCAGCUGGAGAAGUUUGAUGGCCUGCGGGCGGGCUACUACAAGGAUUUGGCUGCAUGCUGGACCCUGGAAUUAGAGCUGGCCAAGUGGGUCACAUCUGCAACGUUUCCCAAACGCUUUGAGCUAGCAGCGGAGUCAGCAUUGACUGCGUUGCCUUAUGGCCAAUAUCUGGCAAUUGCUGACGAACUGGAGCUGCCCGCAGCACUCAAGGAGGAACUAGGCGAUCGAUUGCCCCAAACGUUUGCAGAGUUGAAAUUGUAGGAGCAAUCGAUUAAGGUGCUCUCCCAACAACUAAGAUAUAAAAUAAAUAGCUGACCAAUAUCAUUUUCCAUUACUCAGUUAAGUUUUCCGUAUGGUGAUAUUGUCCCACAUUAUACUAAAGAUAUAAACACAUUCAAUUUAGUAAUUCUAACUAUUUAUAAAUAGUUAUACAUACAAUACAUAUAAUAUUUAUGUGAAUAAAGCGAUCUUUGUAUAUA